UUGGGAUCAUGUUUCAAAUUUCAUGAAAAAAUACGCCGCUACUAAAGGUCACAGAGUGCGAAUUGGUAGUGGUGGAAAAGUAAAUAAAGCAAAGGAACAUAUUGGUUAUAAACUUCACCCAUUAGCAGUUCGAUUUAUUCCAACAUUACGCAAACUACCAGAAGAAGUCAUUGAAGAAAUUUGUUUUUUAACCGUCAUUGCCAAAGCAAAUGCAACCAUUCAAUAUAGAGUUAUUAGAGAAAAGUUCAAUAUUAGAAUUAUCUGA